AAUCAAAGAAGAAUGGUUCCGAAGGAAGUGAACCAUUCUUUUCUCAUACUCCCCCUCUCCGAUGGCAGAUUCAGAGAAGGAGGCGACGGAAGCACCCACAACAAUAUUUGACAAGAUUAUAAAGAAGGAGAUCCCGUCCACCGUUGUUUAUGAGGAUGACAAGGUUCUUGCAUUCAGAGAUAUCGCCCCACAAGCUCCCACACAUAUAUUAAUCAUUCCAAAAGUUAAAGAUGGGUUGAGUGGGCUUUCAAAGGCUGAAGAGAGGCAUGUAGAGAUACUUGGCUACCUGCUAUAUAUUGCCAAACUGGUAGCGAAGCAGGAAGGACUUGGAGAUGGAUUUAGGAUUGUCAUCAAUGAUGGCAAUGAUGCUGGUCAAUCGGUGUAUCAUCUACACGUACAUCUUCUCGGUGGAAGACAGAUGAAUUGGCCUCCUGGCUAAUUAAGGCUCACUGUUGUUGUUUAUUGCAUGGUAAAAUUCAUCCAUGCAUCUCUCUUCUCUACGAUGUUUCGAGGAAUAGGCUCUAUCUUUAGCCGUCUUCUUUUCUCUACUUGGUCGUCCGCAUUCUAUCAUUGAAAAUUUGAAACUAUUAUGCUGCUUUAAUGAUUUAAAGUUUCAAUGAGGUACCACAAAUUCAGAGAGAUAUCAUGAUUUGAUUGUUCUUAAUUUGAUUGACUAAAAUAUAAGUCCUAAACAGUGCUUGGAAAAGCUAAUUAACUGUGA